AUGGCCGACCUUGAAGAUGACGACGAGUGGGAAGUUGAAGAGAUCAAAGAAGAAAAGCGAAUCAAACGUUCGAACUACUUUUUGGUGAAAUGGGCAGGCUGGCCGUCUGAGUACAAUCAAUGGGUUCCGGAGGAAGAUUUGGAAAAUGUGCGCGAUACGAUCAAGGAUUUCAGGAAGGCUAAGUCAAAGAAGACGAAAACAAAACAACCACCAAAGUCUUCUCAUUGA